GCACAAUUCUCUAUUGGCGAUGAUCAAACACAACCAAAUCAUGAACCUACACAACAUUCUCAAAGACUUCAAGUCAGCAAUGUUUUGAAACAACCUAAUGGUGAAUCUCAAAUCACAUUUGGAUAA